AUGGAUGCUAUCACAUGGGCUAGAAAACAGGCCGUGUUUGUUAAAGGUGCUGAUGCAUGGAUAAAGUCGGUUGAUUUUUCUCGUGUUUUCUUAUUGGGCAGUAGUACGGGAGGAAAUAUAGCCUACCAUGCAGCCCUACGUGCACUUGAUCUUAACCUUUCACCAAUCAAGAUCAAAGGGCUGAUAAUAAGUCAGGCUUAUUUUGGUGGGGUCCACAGGACAGAAUCAGAGAUCAAGCUCAGCGAAGAUGCUUAUGUUCCUUUGUACGUAAAUGAUCUUUUAUGGACCUUUGCAUUGCCAAAGAAUGCCAAUAGAGAUCAUGUAUUCUCUAAUCCAUUGAUGAUUGGUGGAUCAUCCUAUGACCUUGGGAGGAUCAAACGGCUGCCAAGAGUUAUUUUGAAAGGUGAUGAUGGGGACCCACUUGUUGAUAUGGAGAAAUUGUUGGUGAAACUUUUGAAGUCAAAUGGAGUUCAAGUUUUUUCUAUAUUUAAUGAAGGAGGGUAUCAUGGUAUAGAGCUUGCAAAUGCAACUGCACCUCAAGCUCAAGCUUUGUAUGAUGCUAUGAAAAAUUUCAUCAAAUCUACUAGAUGA